AUGACGUAUUACUCUUCCAAUCUAACUUUAGCAUCGUCCCUCUCUUUCUCUACGGCUCGUCUUGUGUGUUGGUGCCGUUGCAGAUACGGAUUAUUUAUUUUUGAACUUUUUCGGGUACUUGUGCCAGAAGAAGUAGAAGUGCAGGCAGUUCUCUCAGCCGUUGUAAAAUGGAACUCGAGAGUUACGAUAAUUCCUUCGACUUCACCAUCGAGGAGGAAGACUUCUACGAGAGUCCUCCUCUGA